CAAAGAUAAAAAAAUGAGAAAUUUUCGGAAGAUUUUCGUAAUAUUUUUCGUGUGUAUGUCUGAUCGUUUCGCUUUCGGAAAUGAGCCGCACUGUUCAAAAUUUCAUUAUGAAGAAAAAUUGUUGGAAAAGCUCGUUCGCAUGGAAUUUAACAUGGAACAGCGUGGAAAAGAACUCAAAGAAGGUUUGACAGAACUAAGUAGAAAACAGACAGAGGCCCAAGAAUCCAAUCAGGUUGUGCUCCAAGAACAUGAAAAGGAAAUUACGGCAAUACAGAAAGAAAAUAAAGAGCUCAAAGAGCACCUUGUAGACGCUGUUUCACACAUCGGGAAACAAGGUGAUCCACCCAACAAAGUGCUGUUCAAAGCCCGACAAUUGAAAGAUACCGCACCGAAAUCUGGAGGGACCUUAAUCUUCAAAGAAGUCCUUACAAAUGUUGGAGGUGGGUAUGACAACUCUACGGGGGUGUUUACCAGCCCCGCCGAUGGGGUGUUUCUAUAUACCAUCCAUCUUUGUAUUAGCACCAACAAAUACUGUAAUUACGCUAUCAUGGUUGAUGGUAUCAAACACACAAAAGGCUCAAUCAAAAAUGACAAUUGGGGUGACUGCAUAACCGCGGAGAGUAUCGCCAUCGUGAAAAGCGGCAGUAGAGUAAGGGUUGAGAACUAUGGAAACGCUGGAUUUUAUGACAAUGAGAAUAGUUUUAAUCAUUUCUCUGGUAUAAUGAUAUAUAGUGGACAGUUCUGAAGGAAACUUGAGUUGCAUUUGAUCAUGUUCUAGAGGAAAAAGUAAUUGUGCAUGAUAAGAAAUUUGUCUGAAAUUAUACUUGGUCCUGUAGUUUGCUACGCCUGAAUGUUUUAAACAAACGUAUGGACCUAUGAUUUAGACUGUUGGUUCUUCCUACAAUGCGAUAGUUGUUUUGGUUACAUAUACUACGGUUUUAUGUUGUUAUAUAUAUAUAGGAAUCUUGUCCAUUCUGCCCGUUCUUCCGUCCUGGGACAUCGGGACAAGCCUACUUUUCUCCAUAGCUAUAAACGUUUAUUUUAGGGAUUUACUUCAAACUGCAUAUACAUAUUAACUGUGUUAAGGAAAUGUGCUGUGUAAAUGAAACAUUAUUUAGUGCAUGGUAAUUUUAGUGUCAUUCCCCUUUGAUUAUUUUUUACUUAGUUUUACCUAGAACGUCUACUUUUUUAUAAUUUCAUACGUUUUUGAGAUAUUCACUUCAAAACCUCAUUCAA